GUCCGGCAAGUCUCGCGAGGUAGGAAGGAGAGCAGAGCAGGAGAGAGCAGAGGCGAGAGGAGGAAGAGGAGGGCGAGGGGUUCCGUGAGGGCCGCGUGUCCAGCAGACGGAGCCCCGGCGUUUGGUAUGUAAGAGGCCCGUCCGCCGCGUACCAAAUGCUGGGGGGUCGGUCUGUUGGGGGCCCGCCCGGCUCCUUUCCCCGGCCCGGGAGGCGUCCGGGCGGCCCGCCUGGCCCCGAGAGGCCCCAGCAGGCCGCUGAACCUGUUUAGCAGUUGCUCCUCCGAAGGCAUGGCCCUCAGUUUCCGGCCAGUGGACAGGCACCGCUUGAGGCCCAAGACGGAGGACAGGCAAAUCUAUUAGCCAUGGAAGCUGAAGAGACAAUGGAAUGCAUUCAGGAGUUUCCAGAACAUUACAAAGUAAUCUUGGACAGAUUGAAUGAACAACGGGAGCAAGAUCAGUUCACAGACAUCACUCUGAUUGUGGAUGGUCACCAUUUUAAAGCUCACAAAGCAGUUCUUGCUGCCUGCAGCCAGUUUUUCUACAAAUUCUUCCAAGACUUCACUCAGGAGCCUCUGGUAGAGAUAGAAGGUGUAAGUAACAUGGCAUUUCGUCACUUAAUAGAGUUCACGUACACAGCCAAGUUAAUGGUGCAAGGGGAAGAGGAAGCAAAUGAUGUCUGGAAAGCGGCUGAGUAUCUUCAGAUGCUGGAAGCCAUUAAGGCUCUCGAAAACAGGCAAAAAGAGAAUUCGUUGGUGCAUGAAUCACAUCAGACACAAGAUAGUAGUAAAGCCAAAAAGCGGAAGAUAGCAGAAACCUCCAAUGUCAUUACAGAAACACUGCCCUGUGCAGAAUCUGAACCUGUUGAAAUUGAGGUAGAGAUUUCAGAGGGGGCUACUGAUGUAGGAGAAAAUAACAUUGAGGCGCUUGAGGAGGUGGCUUCCACUGAACAGUCUAUAAAAUAUAUACAGACCACGGGUACAUCAGAUGAGUCUGCUCUGGCUCUUCUGGCAGAUAUCACUAGCAAAUUCCGCCACGGGGAGCAAAAAAGCGACCUUAAAGAAGAAUGUUACGACAUAUCGGAUACAAUGGGCAAACAGGUGGAAGGCAUUGAGAUCAUGGAACUUCAGCUGUCACAUGUCAACAACAUUUACCACUGUGAAAAGUGCAACCGUACAUUUAAAUCAUUUUACCACUUUAAAGAACACAUGAAAACGCACACUACGGAAAGUUACAAGUGUGACCUAUGCAACAAAAGGUACUUGCGUGAGAGUGCGUUAAAACAGCACCUUACCUGUUACCACUUUGAUGAAGGUGCUGCUAACAAGAAACAAAGAUCUGGCAAGAAAAUACACGUCUGCCAGUACUGUGAUAAACAGUUUGACCACUUUGGACAUUUUAAGGAACAUAUUCGGAAGCACACAGGUGAAAGGCCGUUUCAGUGUCCAAACUGCCAUGAGUUUUUUGCCCGGAACAGUACUCUCAAAUGUCACUUGACAGCAUGCCAUUCAGAGGCUGGUGCUAAAAAGGGACGGAAGAAACUUUAUGAAUGUCAGGUCUGCAACAGUAUAUUUAACAGCUGGGAACAAUUCAAGGAUCACCUAGUAAUACAUACAGGUGACAAACCCAAUCACUGUACUUUAUGUGACUUGUGGUUUAUGCAAGGCAGUGAGUUGAGGAGACACCUGCAAGAAAUGCACAACAUUUCAGAACGGAUAAUAACAGAGGAUGUCCUUCCGGCGGAGAGUGACACCGUGGCUCCCAUGACCAUCAUAGAGCAGGUGGAACAAGUCCAUAUGUUGCCCGUCAUUCAGGUCCAGGUGGAUCCAGCGCAAGUGACAAUUGAACAAGUGCAUCCAGAUUUGAUAACGAAUAAUGAAGUGAAAACUGCGCAAAUAGAGCUCCAAGAGCAGGUCGAGAUUAGCUACUUGGAAGUGGAGCACAUUCAGACUGAGCCCAGUACUGAAGUCCACAUAGAGGAGUUAGACGUGGAACAUGUGGAUCAGUUACACAUGGAAGAGGUUCAAGCGCAGCUUAUAGAAGAAACGGAUCUAGAGGAAGUACAAUCAGGACACAGGGAACACGGCGAACUAGAACCUAAAGAGUCUGAUGGGUUAAACACACAACCAGUAGAGAAUGUAAAAGAGGAAACAGUGGGAACCUAGCAAAUGUUGACUGUGUUACCUGUGAUUUGAAAAACACAAAAAAAAAUGUAAUACCAAAAUUUUUUUUUUUUGCACCACUCGUGGAUGACUCCUUUGUAUUGAUGCCCUUAGAGAUGUGGACAGUUGGACCAAAGUUAGGCCAUUUGAUUAAGCUGCCCUUGAUUAAACCCCCCUUAUGUUUUUUUUUUAAACCAACAAUGUCACAGAACAAAAUGUUUUCUAGAGAUAGACAGCUUUGUGUGGAGUUUUAAUUGUCAAGUUUUGCAAGAGUGUACUACUAGGUUAUAUUGUUUGUCCUUGUGAGAGACUUCUGAAAUAGGUUCUGUUUUUCUUUCAGACUUUGAGUUUAAUGUUUAAAAUGGUAUGGUCCCAAGAGUCACAUGGAUUACCUUAAUAACAAUUGGGCAAUUUGCUCAAACUGGUAAUUCCCCUGCUCUUUUAAUACUUUGCAGUCUUUCUGUUCUUAAGUUUAACCGCUGUCUUCUAAGCCAAGAAAUUGACUGGGAUGGGGAUAGUCUGCGCUAAGGUUCCUUAAAAUGAAAAAAGACCCCUUGUGCCUUCUCAUAUCCAAGUAAUUAAAUUUCCACAAAGCUUUUAGGAUAUUGACAAAGCUAACACAAAAGAGACAAUGUAGAUAUUGCUUUGUAGUGCUUUGUAAUUUUGCUUACAACUGUUAGUUGCCAGAUUUUUAUUUUUGUUUGUUUUUAUUUUGCAUUAAAAUAAGUGUAGAUGGGGGGAAGGUCAUAGAUUCAACACUGGCAGUUUUUUUCCCAAAGGGCCAAUUAAAAUAGGAAAAUUCAGCUAUAUUUGCAACAAAGUAUGAGUUGGCGGAAAGAUUGCACUGGCAUCUUAUCACCAGAAUUUUAUUUUUAGAAAAAAGUACAUUUUAUAUUUAAAAAAGAAAUCUUAAUAAAAUUCAAAGUAAUUGUGUCUAUUCAAUGCAUCAGGCUACUGUUUUAUUAUUUAAUGAGUUUUUUUGGACAGUUUACAGAAGGAUUUUGUGCUUGAAAGACUGGGAGAGAGGAAAUGAAAAAAGCCAUAGGUAUGAGUGCUUUAACUGUGGAUUUAUAAAAGUAGGAGUGUAAAUAUUUUAAAUCAGUAUUAUUGGACAAUAAAACAGUACCAACUAUG